ACUACAGCAUGGUUUACAAUAAACAUACAAUAUUUUGACAUGGAUCUUCGCUUUGGCCUGAUGCCCAAUGGCUGUUCCCAUCGGAUAUCAAAUCUGACAAGGCAUUGACAUUCGUGCUCAAUUUUACAGCGCUGGAGUAGCGAACAGUUGCAAUCCGACUAAGUUGGAUGGAAAGUGGAUAUGUACUGUGGCGUCUGGGCUAAAUGCGAUCGGCUUCUUUGAUCGCGAAUCCGAAUCAAAACGAGCAUCAAUUUGGUUGCUUCUUCUGGUUGCCUUUUGCUCGCCCUUCCCUUCUUUCCUUGCUCCAGCUUAAUGCCGCGUUAAAAUGAAGUUUUUUUUCGUCUUCUGCCUUUUCGUCGUCGCCAUCGUCGCGGGCGAGCCUAUAUUACGGCCACGGUCCAUUUCGAUACCAAUCCAGCGGGUAUCCAGCUCGGUGGAAAAUGGUGAGCUUCUUCCCGCCAUUGUAUAUCAGCAGCAUGUGAACCGAUGCGAUCAACGUCUCGCCCUCAUGCAAGGGCAACCUCCUCUGCUUCAAUCACUUCUAAGAGACCGCCUUUUGCCAUAUAUUCCAGAAUCGUUUCAGGGAAAAGAUAGAGGAGAUUUUGCAGAAAAGCUGUCAAUUCAGGCCAAUGAUAUAGGAUACUACGGCCCAGUGGAUUUGGGAACCCCGCCAGUUUCCCAUCAGUUUCUAAUGGAUACUGGAUCUGCGGACUUUUGGGUUGGUGCCGAAGAUUGUCGAUGCGACGAUGGGGGCACUUGCGGCAAUCAUUCGUUUCUCGGUCCGCACUCAAGCAAGACAUUUGUUGGCACGAAUGAGAGCUGGAGUAUUUGGUAUGGCACAGGCCAGGUUUCCGGCUUUCUAGCGCACGACGAUGUGUCCAUCGUGGGCUUGGAACUCAAAGCACACAAGUUUGGCGUUGCGCAAAACGAAAGUGCGGAUUUUACAGCAGACAGUAUACCGUUUGAUGGACUCCUUGGUUUCGCACAGACAGUGGCCUCCCGUCAAAGAACGCCAACGGUGGUCGAAGCGCUCUAUAAAGCACACCAGAUAGAAGAUGAAGUGGUGUCGUUCAAAAUUCCACGUGCUGCUGACGGAAAGAAUGACGGAGAACUGAUGCUGGGCGGCAUGGAUCCGUCUAAAUUUCAACCGAAUACUACUAUCACAGUGAAGAACCAGAAUGUACGAGGCUUUUGGGAGGUUCUUCUAGACGAUAUAAGGGUAAAUGGACAAAGCUUGGGACUGAAAAACAGGUUCGCAGUGCUGGACACCGGAUCGACCCUUAUUCUCGCGCAACCUAAGGACGUAUAUUCGAUACACCAAAAGAUUCCCGGUGCGCGAUUUGACCGAGACUCGUGGAUCAUUCCAUGCCAGACUAGUGUUGUGGUCUCUUUCGUUAUUGGCGACAAGGAGUUUCCUAUCGACUCCCGUGACCUGGGUUUCUUUCCUGUGGACGAGAACAACACCGUAGAUUGUAUAUCUGGUAUCAGUCACGGAAGGGAGCUCCCUGAAGGGCCCAAGCACUGGCUUGUUGGGGACGUCUUUCUCAAAAAUGUAUAUCAUAGCCUAAAUUCUAGAACUAAUGAGAUCACACUAGCGCAUUUGAAGUAAUAUGUAACUGUUAUACUUACCCUUUUGAUUUGCUACCGUUAUUUUGUUGUUA